AUGUUGACUAUGGCCCCCAAGGAAGAACACGUGAGCAAGCGUGCUUGUCUAAAAUCAAAACGGUCUCGAUUACUUUUGAUCGUGAGCAUUUUCAUUGUUCUUUGUGUUGCUAUCAUCCCGGCUGUCGUGGUUACCACUCUUCACAAGAAAAACAGCAUGGGUCCGAAAUCGAAGGUUUUCGUGCCUCUUUACGUCUACCCUUCUCCUGGAGCAUGGACUCCACUGGAAAAUGUGAUUUCCGAUCAUCCCGAUGUCAAUUUUACCGUCGUAAUCAAUCCAAACAGCGGACCAGGGUCAAGUGCAUUGCCCGAUGCCAAUUAUACCCGAGAAAUUCCAAAGAUUGCCUCGUACGCCAAUGUACGCCUUCUGGGGUAUGUCCACACUUCGUAUGCGAAGCGCAACAUAUCCCUGGUUCGCAAGGAUGUCGAAAUGUACGCAGCCUGGCCCUCCAUAUCCUCCAACUCGAAGUUGGCCGUCCGGGGCAUAUUCUUCGAUGAGACCCCUGAGGAAUAUGAUGCCAGCGCCUUUAAUUACUUGAAAAAUCUGACUGGUCUUGUGAAAGACCUGGAUGGGUUUGGCUCUGAUCCGUUUGUGGUUCAUAACCCAGGACUUGUUCCGGAUUCCCGCUAUCUGUCAACAGCAGACUCAACAGUCGUAUUUGAGGAGACCUACAGUGUCUUCCAAGAGCGCAAUGGAGCUACACUCUUAGCAGCCAUCUCGGACAGCAACCGUACUCAGCGGUGCGCUCUGAUCCACUCCGUACCCACCUCGGUAGAGGGAUCGGAACUGCGCGGUCUAGUGAAGGAGGUUCGCAAGGUUGCCGAUGAAGUUUUCAUCACCCACCUUAGCUCCGAUUACUAUUCUAACUUUGGAUCGAAGUGGGCCGAGUUUGUCGAUCUGAUGGCGGCGUGA